AUGGACGAUCAUGAAAAUAGUGAUUCUAGUAGUAAUGAAUUUUAUCAACAAAUCAAAGCUUAAGUAACUUACAUUUCUAAAUUAAGUUAAAUAACAUGGAAGAUGAAGAUAAGAGUUCAAGAAUUGUAAGCAAAAAUGAGGUAUUACCAAAAGUUUAAUUUGCUCCUCCAGAAACUAAGGAACAGAGAGAAAUCAACUUCAAUUAUAAACAUUCAGAUCGAAUCCAAUUAGUUGGCAAAAUUGAAUCAAUUACCAGAGAAAAUAUAAUCAUUUAUUCCAAUCUUUUAGAAUUUGUCAUUAAUUUAGAUUAAUUAUUAGUUAAUGAUUAAUAAGAGAUUUUAGGAAAGGUUGAUGAUGUCUUUGGUAAAGUUGAAAGACCUCAUUAUUCAAUUUUGUUGGAUGGAUAUGUAAACAAUCUAAUUUAAACUAAUCAACUUAAAAUUGGAGAUAAUGUCUUCAUUAAUAUUGAUAAUACUUCUAUUCUUGAUCCUGAAGCCAUUAGAUAAUUGCUUAAGUAAUUAUUAAUUUUAUCAAAAGUAAAAAAGGUUGUGAUGCUUCUAAUUAAUUUGAUGAAGAAGUGAUUAAUGAACAUGAUGUUGAAUAUUCAGAUGAUGAAAUUGAAGCUGUAUCUAAAAAAAGAGGAAAUAAAGAAGAAGGAGAAGUGAAGAAAAAUAAUAAUAAAAAAGAAAAACAUCAUAAAUAAUAAAAGCAUGAUAAAUAAUUAUCAUUUCCUUAAUAAAAUAAUAAAGCUUAGGUUAAUAAUCAAUAACCACAAUAACAAUAAUAGUAAAUGAUGCAAAUUCAGCAUUCUAUGUAAUAAUAAUAACAAUAUUAUUAACAAAUGUUUCUUUAAUAACAAAUGUAAUUAUAAAUGUAAUAACAAUAAUAAUAUUAAUAAUUAAUAUAAAAUUAACAGGCUUUUCCAUAACAAUAAAUGCAAUAGCCUUUAUACACAUAAUAAAUAUAUCCAUAACCUUAAUAAUUAUAGCCAAACCCUCAAUUCAAUCUCUCUUACAAUACAUAAUAGAUUAAUUAAUAAUUAAAUUAGAAUCUAAAUUCCCUUUUCUAGAAUAUUAAGCCGUAAGAUUAAUGA